AUGUCAAAAGUAUGUACGAAACAAGAUGGUAUUGAAGUUGUUCAACUCAAUCCAGUAGUAGGAUGUCACCUCUUGUGCUUCCUUGACGGAUUAGAUGCAUCCAACUUCCUAGAAGUGGUGAACAAUACCAAUCAAUUUUACUCUAUUGCACCAACAUCUGAUCAAAUAUUUCGACAAUUGAUGCAGAUGUUUUGCUGCAAACAAAGGGUGUUGGUGCCUCGAGAACUUUAUGAAUUCUAUUCGGACGACUUUGAAGUUAUGGAUGACAGAUUAGUGGUAUCUUAUGGCGACUUCGACACCUCUUUAAUUCGACCUAUUCAGCGUGUCUUUGUUCAUCCAUGUUUUAGCAUUGAAGGUUUUGGUAAGCUAUGUAAAGUUUAUCGAACAGCAGCUUUUCAAUGCUAUUCUCGACUUAUACCAUUCAAUACUGACUUUUACUGCGCAGAUUUUGGUCUAAUUGACUAUGAGCUGUAUCAUCAAACAAUUGGCGUGGAGCGAGAUUUAAAUACUUAUGAGAAUAACUUUUUUAAAAUUAGCACAUAUUUUCCAAAAAAAAAGAAUCAACAUGAUGAAAUUGCUGUCAAGUUUGUCGUAACUCAAAACGAGUUUCGAGAAAAUUUGAAAACUCGCUUUUCAUCACCCGAGUGGUUUGAAGCGAUCGAUUUUUCGAAGUUUGUAAUUGUUGGUGGUGGUGUAGUAAAUGCAUUAUGUCAGUCGCAAUUUCCAGAUUCGACAGAACAAGGUGUUAAUUUAAUAUCUGUAGCUAUCGAUGAAAUUGAGUUUGAAGCAGCUGUGACUAUCACCAUCAACAAAUUACACGCAAUCGCUUUAAAACACUUAAAAUAUCAGAUCAACGUGGAAAAGGUAACCGGAUCGCUCAACUACAAUGUUUCUCUACCUUGUGGUGUUACAUUAAACUUCUUGCAUAAAUCCAGUGAAAAUUCAAAGAAACCACUUUCACAUAUUUUACACAAUUUUGAUAUGGAUAUCUGUCAAGUUGCUUAUACAGGUAAUAAAAUCAUCUGUACAUUCGCUUUCAUGCAAGCCAUGGCGACAAAGUCCUUCAUUACCUACAGUUUACAUGGCGAAACCUCGAAAAACGUAUGCACUCGUAUCGCCAAGUAUUGUAGACGAGGAUUUACUUUAUUGGAACCCAUCAAAUUCGAUGGUGACUUUGAAUCUUUAAUGAAGCAGGAUGAAAUGCCAUUAUAUCGUGCUGAACAUCGAGAAUUCAUUGGCGAUGACGGUGAACUUCAAAUAGCAACUAUGGAGUAUUGGAGACGACCUGAACAUAAUAUUGAUACUUUUCAAUUGCAAGAGGCCUUUAUUGCUGAUUUUUGUCCUCAUAUGCAACAAUAA